AUGUCACUCAGAUCGAUUAUCGAGUGGACUCCCUACCCAAACGUCAUUGUCACCAUAGAGGAGCCUCUUCCGUCCAGCCAGCCAACGACGCCUGAUGUCAAGCAAGAGCCUGAGGUGAAGCAAGAGCCUGAGGUGAAACAAGAGCCUGAGGUGAAACAGGAGCCUGAUGUGAAACAAGAGCCUGAUAUCGAACAAGAGCCUGAUGUCAAGGAAGAGCCUGAUAUCAAACAGGAGCCUCAUGUCAAGGAGGAGCCUGAGGUGAAACAAGAGCCUGGUGUCAAGCAAGAGCCUGAUAUCAAACAGGAGCCUCAUGUCAAGGAGGAGCCCCAGGUGAAACAAGAGCCUGGUGUCAAACAAGAGCCUCAUGUCAAGGAAGAGCCUGAUAUCAAACAGGAGCCUCAUGUCAAGGAUGAGCCUGAGGUGAAACAAGAGCCUGAUGUCAAACAAGAGCCUCAUGUCAAGGAAGAGCCUGGCGUCAAACAAGAGCCUGAUGUCAAACAGAAAUCCAGAGCCGCAGAGAGCACCGUGCCCGCUCAGCAGUCAAGCAUGGGUCAACAAAGCGUGGUUUGGACCCUGUUCCGUCUUCCGUAUAGCUCAGUGAUGCUGACGUUCCCCUUUCAGAUCAGCCGCAAGUACCAAUUUGUCCGGUGUUGGAGAGACGAGGUGCCGGGACAACGACAGCCAGGGCCAAAUGAGGACGCAUCGAGAGAUUGGCCAUUUCCAAUCCCUCCCGGGGUAGUCUCUAUCUGUCCGCUGUUUGAUGGCACCUGGGAGCUGGCGGUCCUCACGAGUCACGUUCGGGACCUCGAGUUGGUGAUCAACAAGAACCUCACACUGGAAAAGAACUACAAUCCUCUGACACCGACGGGGGUUGAUCUGAUUUGGUGGCCGUAUCAUCACGCCACUAAGCUUCGCAGAAUCAUGUUGCACACACGAGUGACGAUCGAGGGUGAAAAGCCCGGGUUACGUGGUGCGCUGUACCGUGCCCUGGGCGAGCAGUGUGGAGUGUCAGGUGUAAUGGUGCUCAUGCGGCAUGGCAGGCCAUUGAUUUUUUGA